UGUUUUCAUUGGCUAAUGGAGAGAGCAGCUGGCCAAUGCUCGGACGGUUUGUAUAGCAGACGACAGUCAGCUGAUGAUGCAACAACAACAGUCAUGGCCGCCGCAUCCGACCUCCUGGCUCUCGACUUUGAAGUUUUCGGCACCGUGCAAGGGGUCUUCUUCCGCAAGUACACCCAGAGGAAGGCGAAAGAGUUGGGUGUUCGAGGCUGGUGUAAGAAUACAGAGCAAGGGACUGUCAUUGGCCAGUUGGAAGGAACAGGAGGAGCAGUUGCGGCCAUGAAGGAUUGGCUACAAAGGGUCGGCAGUCCAAGCUCCCACAUAACAAAAACUGAAUUCAAGAAUGAACGGGAGAUUCCAGACUACACUUUCAAAGGCUUCAGCAUCAAGCACUAAAGAUACAUUUGGUCCUGAGGUUGUCCGAGAUACAACCUGGUUAUCUCUCUUCAUACGUAAGACAGAUGGAGUAAAUGGUGAUUGUAACCAAGGGAACAUUUUUUUGCUAAGAUUGCAGGUAGUCACAAUAGUAAAUUUAUUUUUAAAGUACUGAUUUAUGCAGUAUUUGCAAUUUUGUACUGCAUGUAAAUUGGUUGCAUUCUUUUGAAUGCAUGGAAGUUUUAGGGGAAAGGAAAAAAACAAGAACCUAAGUUCAACUAAUGAUGUCUUAUAUCACGUAAGAAUGUUUAUUUAAUUCCAAAUGAUUUAAUGCUAUGAUAAGUAAAACAGUCUUUAUGAUAGUAAAUAUUAGUUAACUAUGACAUCUCAAACAGGACCAGAAAGGAAAUUUUCAGGACAGACAAUACUAGAGUGAAUUAUGGUUCACUUGCAGGAAUAUAUCAGUAUUUAGGUCAUAAUAUUUAUGUAAUUUGAAUGUAGUAUUGUGUAACCCAUAUAAAAGGAGUUGCUGAGUAUGUAUAACACUUUUAAAUGUGUAAAAAUAUGGAGAACAGUAAACAAAUACUUGUGCAGCACAAUGAAAUGUAAAACAUAUUAAAUGUUUCAGUUCAGGGUAAAGUAACAGUGAUGUUCAUGUUACAAAGGCUUUGUAUAAUGGUUCAUGUGAAGCAGCAUCCAGCAAAUCAUGACAUUUUACUCUUAGUAUGAGGCAUUUAGAGUAAGAAUAAUGAAUGAACAAUCUUGAGGUCUUGAGAUAAGCUUUGAAAUUAUAUCUGAGAGGGCAUGUUCAUUUGGCAGAAUAAAGUUUGAAAUUAUAACUAGCAGGAUAUGUUCUAUUAGCACAUGGAAUAGGAAAUAAUAUGUCUAAAAACAAUCAUGUCUGAGUCCUCACUUAUUACCCACUGCAGAUACAUAACUAGUCAGUAUGUCAAACUUUGACAUCCUUUGCCCAAGCAAAAGUCUUAGAUUAACUAAAGACCAUUAUUGCUGAUACACUUUUCUUGGUAUCACCCUUUUAUCCCCAUUGUAUGGCUAACUAAUUUCUGUAAUACUGGAGCUCACCUGUUAUUAACCCAUCCCCGUCGAAAUGCCUUUCCUUUUAUC